AUGCUCGGUAUAUUCACUAGUGGACAGAUGGAGUUGAGCUCUCUACUCUGGGCUGGUCUGGCGAUAAGCACAUGCAUCUACAUUUGCACAUGCCUAUACAACUUGUACCUGCACCCGUUGAGACACUUCCCCGGCCCCAAGCUGGCGGUUCUGGGACCGUUUCACGAAUUCUGGUACGACGUCGUUCAAGACGGCCAGUUUCUCUGGGAAAUCGGCAAGAUGCACGACAAAUACGGGCCAAUCGUUCGCAUCAACGCACACGAGCUGCACAUACGCGACUCCAGCUACUACAGCAACAUCUACGCCGGGGGCGGCCGAAUCGUCAACAAGGCCGAUUCGGCCGUCGGUCCCUUCGCCGCCGUGCCGUCGUCGCUUCUCGCAACGACUGAUCACCACCAACACCGCGCGCGGCGAAACUACCUCAACCCCUUCUUCUCCAAGCGCGCCGUCGUCGCCACGGAGCCGCUCAUCUCGGAGCGCAUCGCCAGGCUCUGCCAACGGCUCGAAUCUGCCGCCGACACGGGAGCAACGGUGCCCCUCGACUGGGCUUUCUCGUCGCUCACCGCAGACAUCAUCACGCAGCGGUUCUACGGGGAGCACUUCAACUAUCUUGAUAUCCCGGACUACAAGAACGCCGUCACUGAAGCUAUACUAGGUCUGGUCCAUAUUUCCAAUUUCACACGAUUCGUCCCCUGGCUGCUGCCCGUGAUGCAGAUGACGCCAGUAUGCAUCAUCCGCGCGAUACUACCGCCGUUUGCAGAGUUUCUCGUGGUGCGGGAAGAAAUGAGGCGCAAGAUUCUCGCCGCCUCCGAGACAAAGGACGGCGUGGAGUCGGGCUCGGUCAUCAUGUCGGCUCUCAUAGAUACCAAGAUCCCGCCUGCGGAGAGGGACAUUGACCGGUUGCUGGACGAGGGAAACGUCAUCGUGUUCGCCGGCACAGAAACUACCUCGAGGGCCCUUAGCGUCGGCAUGUUCUACCUCCUAGAUGACCAGACACACGUGCGCAGGAUACGCAAAGAAUUGAGCUCCGUCGUCUUGGCCCCCGGCCGGGGGUACUCCUCGUCCGACCUCGAGCUGCUUCCCUACCUGAGCGGUGUCGUCCACGAGAGUUUGCGCCUGUCAUUCGGCGUCGUUGCCUGCCUUCCCCGCGUGGCGGCCCAUGAAUCACUGCAGUACAACGGAUUCACGAUCCCACCGGGCACCCCCGUUAGUCAGUCGUCGUACUUUGUACAUACUGAUCCGACAAUCUACCCCGACCCGCACUCCUUUAAUCCCGAUCGAUGGAUACAAGCAGCCAAAGACGGCUUCCCGCUCGGUAAAUAUCUCGUCAACUUUACCAAAGGCAGCAGGCAGUGCAUUGGCCUCCAGAUGGCAUAUACGGAGCUCUAUUUGACAAUCGCGAUGCUUGUCAGCACCUUUGACAUGGAACUUUACGACACGACCAUAGACCACGUCCGCAUUCAUCACAUUCGCACCGUCGGUUAUCCGAGCAAGUGUAAGAAUAUGGACAAUCCAAGAGGGGAGAUUACUGUCAAGGUCAAGCGUAAAAUCGGGGCGGAAUCCGUUCAGUAG